AUUUUGUAACAAAUAAGAAACCGCGGCACAUUUUAACAUUAACAAAAACAAAAUAACAUUUCGUGUAUCAAAUGUUCUCCCAGAAAAACAACCAAACCAACAAUUUCCACCUAAAAUUCAUUCAAUUAAUCGCAAAUAAUGUUUUUCUAAAUUCUCCAUAAUCAUUGAAAUUCUUACUCUGAUCAAUUAACAAGUAUAAUCUACUGCUUGUUUGAAUUAUCGAAUGUUUUCAUUGGCGAGCAAAAGACUUUUGCAGCAUGCAAUUCGACGAACAACUGGAAAUGGUUUUGGAAUUAGGUGUUUUGCUGCAGUUCCUGAUUCCAAAAUUCCUUCAUUUUCACAAAAACUCAUCAAUCUAGAGGAUCAAUUUAGUGCUCAUAAUUACCAUCCAAUUCCCAUGGUUUUUUCUCAAGCAAGAGGAUCUUCAAUAUGGGAUCCAGAGGGGAACAAGUAUCUUGACUUUCUGUCUGCAUACUCUGCUGUUAACCAGGGACAUUGUCACCCUAAGAUUAUGAAGGCAUUAAUUGAGCAGGCAGAAAAGCUCACUCUCAGUUCUAGAGCUUUCUACAAUGACAGGUUUCCCGUAUUUGCCGAGAUGAUAACUAGUAUGUUUGGAUAUGAUAUGGUGCUUCCAAUGAAUACUGGGGCCGAAGGGGUAGAAACUGCUCUCAAGCUUGCAAGAAAGUGGGGUUAUGAAAAAAAAAAGAUUCCUAAUAAUGAGGCCAUUAUUGUUUCUUGUUGCGGUUGCUUUCAUGGUCGCACUCUAGCUGUCAUCUCAAUGAGCUGUGACAAUGAAGCAACCCGUGGUUUCGGUCCUUUGUUGCCGGGUCAUCUCAAAGUUGAUUUUGGAGAUGAAGUUGCCCUUGAAAAAAUAUUUGAAGAGCAUGGAGAUAAUAUUGCUGGAUUCUUAUUUGAACCCAUUCAAGGGGAGGCAGGGGUUAUAGUUCCUAAAGAAGGUUAUUUAAAAGCUGUCAGGGAUCUAUGCACAAAAUAUGGAAUAUUGAUGAUUGCUGAUGAAAUUCAAUCUGGCCUUGGAAGAUCUGGAAAAAUGCUUGCUUGUGACUGGGAAGGUGUUCGUCCAGUCUUGUUUUUCUUCUACUUCUGUUUGGUAUAUAUUAUUAGACCAAGUGGUUGUGAAGAUCGAGAGAUCCUUGGAAAAGCUUUGGGAGGUGGAGUAAUGCCUGUCAGCGCUGUUCUUGCUGACAAAGAUGUGAUGCUGUGUUUUCGACCUGGAGAACAUGGGAGUACUUUUGGUGGAAAUCCAUUGGCAAGUGCGAUUGCUGUUGCAUCACUAGAUGUUCUCAGAGAGGAAGGGCUUGCUGAGAGAUCUGCAGAGUUAGGAGAGGAGCUUAGGCAUUUGCUAAAUAAGCUUCAACAGCAGUACCCUAACUUCAUUGUAAAAGUGUGUGGAAAAGGUCUUUUUAACGCAGUAGAACUCAAUAGCAAAGCUCUGUUCCCUGCAUCAGCUUAUGAUAUAUGCCUUAAAUUGAAGGAGAGAGGUGUUCUUGCUAAGCCUACCCACAACACAAUCAUAAGAUUAACUCCUCCACUCUCAAUAAGCAUGGAUGAGCUUAAACUUGGAACCAAGGCACUGUCUGAAGUGUUUGAGUUUGAUCUACCUAAGAUGCAAAAGGAAAAGCCUGAACAUGUUACUUCAAUGGAAACUGAUGUAUGUGAUCGUUGUGGUAGAAACCUGUAAGCCCUAGAAUGAAUAUACUCAUUCACCAGGGUUUGCGCAUCAACUUCUGUGUCGCUAUAUAUGAAGUUAGGUCCUUUAAUAUUUUCCGAAUCCAUGUGCUUUCACCUGAAAAAUUCAUUUGAUUUUAGUUAUGAUAAUAUCUUUCAGGUGUUGGUCAUAAUUGUGCUAUGUACAUAACUUUCAGUUGUGCAGUGAAACCUUGAUUUAUCUUGGAAAACAUUCUUAUUGCAAACAGUUGCUGAAGACGUGAGAAAUCAUUAAUAGGUUUCGUUGUGGUAACUCUAAA